CCUCGGCACGCCCACCUAGGGUCCCUAUCCAAUCGCCUCCCAGACUCCGGACCCCAUAAAUACCCUGGAAGCGGGAACUAGUACUAACCCAAUCCAAUCCGAAGUACUGCAAUCCAAAUUCCAAUCCAAGAGAAAGAGCCGAUCGUCGUGUUCGUUCUGAAAAUCGAUCGUUGCAAAUCGUAACUCGUAAGUAGCAGAUACUACUCCUCUACCUAGCUAGGCGAUGGCCCCCAGCGCGUCCAUGCUGUUCCUGAGCUACCACCAGCUCCACCACGGCCCCGCUGCCGCGGAGGCAGAAGCCGCGCCGCGCGAGGGCGGCGCCGGCGCCGGCGCCGGCGCCGGCGGCUUCCGUUUCAGCUUCCGCAACGUCUUCUCUCCCGCUGUCCUCACGCCGCCGCCGCGACGGGAUGUGGCUCCGGCGGGCACCGAGGGGAAGCAGAGGGGGUGCCACGCCGGCGGUGAUAAGGAGGCCGCGGCCGCGGCGCUGGGAAGCAGGUUCGAGGAGGCGGUGGAGCUCAGCUGCUGGUCGUCCUGAAGCUUUGCGCGUACCCUGCUGCAGUAGCCUCCGCCUCCCGCCCAUUGUAAACCAGCAUCAACAAAUGCACUGCAUUGCGCCGAUCGAGCACCGAGCGUCGAGGCCAAGGCAUACUAUAUAUGUGUAGAUAGAACGCGACUGCAUGUGUAAAUGAAGUCGAAUUUCGUUUUUUUUUUCGCAUGCCAAA